UAUAGUCCUUCAUCUUGCCCCAUGCGGAACCUGGACGCGUGCAGGAAGAUUUAUUCACGAGCGAGGUCAUCCGAACAAAAUGAUCCCGCGGAAUUGUUGGAUGCUCUGCAGAAUGCAUUGCACUUCAUGUUUGCCGCUGAAGAUAUAAACCGUGACCAGUUGUGGUGUGCCCGGUUUUUGCCAGGCGAUUCCCACUCACCCGAAGACUUCGACUGGCUAGUGGACUACCUGGACUACAUCUGUUCCGACGACCACGAAGCGGCAUAUGACAUAUUUUUGCUACUGGGUAGCAUGGGAGUGUACUGCAGCCCCGCUAAACAAUAUUUGUUCAUCGAGAGGCUCAUCGCCUGUAUGGACGAUAACAUGCCUCCCCAUUUACGCCAUGCAGCUCUUCGCGCUGCCCACAGUGCCCGAGAAGAAAUAGCCUCGAUCGAUGCCAUGGAUGACAGGCUACGAGACAUAGUUUUGAUCAAGCUCUCCCCCACUAUUCUGUCCGUGGUUUGUCCGCACCCAGGUACAACACCCGCCAAUGAUGGUCCUGACCACUUUUUCGAUUAUCACCGCGAUUUAUGCUAUCUGGAACUAGUUUUUGCCCUCGCGAGGAAUUCCAACUGGUACCCCCAUUUGUCUGGGGAUCGCCACAUUGAUCGAUGCAUUAGCAUGAUUCCAGAGUACUGCGUUUCCGAAUCACCCACACACCAUGCCUUUUACAUAGCUGGUAUCUUCCUUCGAAUCACACCUGAACAGAAGUCGGAUACAUCACUUGAUUCUGUUACAGGACAACAGUGGUGGGACGUGAUGACAAGCGCGUGGAACAGUGUUCCCUAUGACAUUGACAACCCACGCGGUUUCGAGCUCCUUCCUGUCCUUGUGGAUGGCACGAAGAAGUAUAUGGAGAUUGCUUCAAAAUCUGAUCUCGAGGGGCUCAUCGGAAAAGUGGAUCGGUUUCUCGAACGUCUGGAGGAGGAGUUGCAAUGGAAGAGGCGAUGGCAGGAGAUGCGCCUCAGGCUGGAGAUGGGACCGGAGAUGGGACUGGAGAUGCAAGGUUUAGAGCAGGGAGAGGGGAUCAUCAUUGCCGUGAAGGAGUUAAGGACUGCAGCCAGCAACAUGCUGGAGAGCUUUGGUCAAUAAUUAUUAGUCCCCUAAUUAUGACGGUGCUUGCAUAUGGUGUUA